GUCUGACCCAAUUAUCCAGGGUCUGUUUUCUACAGCGGUCCUUCUAACGAAGACGAGAGAUGACCAACCGGUCUGUUAAUGAACAUCCCCUUUCACUCCCGCCCCUUGGGAAGCUGUUCUCCAGGUCCUCCUACAUGUGCAUCGUGUGGCAGCUCUUCCCAGCGGAUUGUCUGUGGCUCCAUCAGUGUUCUAUUCAACAUGGACUAUGAGACCAAGGUGUAUCCCAGGUCUGGCGGCUAUGGAAAGUUCAACCGGCUGGUAGUCUUGUUCAGCUGGUUCCCAACCUUUGCGGUCAUGCUGAAUCUUUUCUGCGACGUUUUCUACACUUUGAUACCGGAAUUGUACCACUGCAAACCGGACCCUCGGCUGCUGCCCUCGUGUUUCCAAUUCAGCAACUACUCCAAGCAAGGGUACCUCAACAUCACCAUCCCCUGGGUCAACGGCAGCAGACGCAGCCACUGUCAACUGUUUAAAUACCCGAGAAAUGUCUCAGUUUUUAACGAGAACCUCCCAAAGCAGAAGGUGUCGUGCACCAGGGGAUGGGAGUACACACAUUCUGCUGGACUCAACAGAAACUACGUGACAGAGUGGGACCUGGUGUGCGGAGACUACUGGAAGGUUCCUCUGCAGCACAUCUGCUUCAUGGCAGGGUGGAUCUUCGGAUAUGUUCUUCUGGGGACGCUGUGUGACUGGGUGGGUCGUCGGCGGGCUUUUCUAAUCUCCGUCAGUCUGAGCAGUGUGCUGGGCGUGGCACUCUGCAUCGCCAACAACCCUGUGGUCUUUCUCCUGCUGCGUCUGGCACAGGGAGCCAUGCUGGCUGGGGUCCUGCUGGCCUCCUAUAUUUCCAGGCUGGAGGUGUGCGACCCCCCUAAUCGCCUAAUGGUCGCCAUGAUCGGUGGGUUCUUCGGGGUGGGGGCAGAGCUCCUGUUGCCCGUUUUAGUCGUCCUAUGCCGUGAUUGGAAAAUUCUCCAGGCCGUCGCGACGCUGCCCCUCAUCCUGCUGCUCUCCUACUGGUGUUGUGAGUCAGUGUUUCCAGAGUCUCCCCGCUGGCUGCUGUCCACUUCCCAGCUUCACCAGGCCAAGAGGUCCCUCCGGAUGUUCUCCUCCGGGAAUGCACUCUGUCUCCGAGACGAGAACCAGCCGGGGGAGCGCCUAUUGGCUGACAUGGACUCUGUGUAUGGGGACAACUGCCAGCCGGAGUUCCACACAGUCCUGGAGCUCCGACAGACCCGUGUCGUCUGGAGGAACUGUCUGAUUCUCAGCUUCACUCUCUUUAUUGGGACAGGUAUACAGUAUUGCUUCAAAAGGAACCUGCCCAGCUUUACCACAAACUUCUACUUCACCUACUUCUUGAGGGUCCUCACCAGAGCUCUGAGCUGCCUCUUCCUCUGUUUCACUGUCAACCGCUUCGGUCGCCGCAGCAUCCUGCUUCUAUCUGCCAUCAUCACCGGGCUGUCCUCCCUUCUCCUGCUGGCACUCACACUAUACCUGCAUGACGGUCUCCUCAUGGUCCUGUCUGUUUUGGGUCUGCUCUCCUCUCAGGCCCUGGCAAUGCUCAGUUUGCUCUUCGCCAGCGAGGUCAUGCCCACAGUCAUACGUGGUGGCUGUCUGGGCCUGGUGUUCGCCGCGGGCUGCGUGGGCAUCGCCGCCUCCUCUCUGAUGGAGCUCCAGAACAACGCUGGCUACUUUCUGCACCACGUCAUCUUUGCUUCCUUCGCCGUGCUCUCCGUGCUCUGCAUCAUGCUGCUGCCUGAGAGCAGGCGCAAGCCCCUCCCCGACUCGCUGGACGACGGCGAGAGCUGGCGCCGCCCGCCCCUCUUCCUUUUGCGCGGUACAGCACGGGACAGCCUGCUGCUGCUGCUGCCCACAAAUCCUCCGCCCCCAGAGUACAAUGCUAGCAGCUACUCAUGCCUUCUGACGGCCACUCACCGCAUGCUGUGCAAGGGGGAAAUACCGUUAAAGAUGGCCGUUCCCGCACAGUCGUCAUCGCCAACACCGCCGCCGCUGGAAGUUGGCGAGAGAGUUGAGGAGGGAUCAUGGGAUUCCAGCUUCGUUGAGGGAGAAGAUAUCCAACCCCUCAACCCCUCUCUAGGUCCCUUGGACUCGCUGUCCAUGUCUGAAGAUAUCUGAAUGGUCCAGACCGACGAUUAUCCGUCAUCCGAUCAGACAGUGGCGUGGUAGGGAGGACUAGCUGCUUGCAAUAUCAGCCAGCGGAACUUUGGGUGGUCCCCUCAACAGCACAAGAGAGAGAAUCCUUGUGCUUACCAUCAUUUGCUCUGGUAUGAGAGAGAGAAUUAUCAGUAAUCUCCCCAUCCCUCCAGAAUGCUGUACACAAAACUUGAGCACUUAAUUAAUGACAUCACUGUCCUCUCAUCUGUCGGUGUCUCUUUCCGUCUUUCUGUAGCCUGUAUCUGUAUAUGUGCCGCUGUGAUUGAAUGUCUGUCCAUAUUUCUAAUUGUGUGUGUGUAUAUAUCUUGUCUCCUAUUUUGUUGUCAUGUCUGCAUAUUUGUCUGUUUGUCGAGAUAUCUCAACCUCUGUCUGCCUCUAAGUUUGUCUGUCUGUCCAGUGACGGGGCCUAAGGGUGUUAGCUAGCUAUAUGCUUAUGCUAUGGCAGAACUUCCUGACGAGCUAGUCAUCAAUAGCAACGUUGCUUCGAAAGAAAAUGUCUUGUCUUUUUUGUUAGAAAUUGUGUGUUGUUCUGUAGGUGUUGAUUAUGGUUGGGAUACACUCAAUCCUAUUCUUCCACUGUAAAUAUAUUGAAUCUCAAUCAUGGUUCACUCUACUGUAAUUUCCUUGAGACUUCAAAUCAUCAAGUUAACCUUAUGUUUUGCCAUAAGACUAAAUGUUGGGUUGCCCUCUAAAUGCGGGGAAUACACACUGCUCCCAUCCAGAUGUCCAUUUAUGACAAUUUAUGAUUUCAUAGAAUGCCUAAGUCACGCCACUUCCUGUGUUCCAUGGGACUUUCUUUCCAGAGCUAUUUAAAGAGUCACGACAGUGGAAGUUCAAACUCUUUGAUCGUCACAGGUUUUCUUUUUUAUUUGAAAAGAAAAUUAAUAAAUCUGAAAAUCAUUCACAAAAUAGAUACAUUAACUAGUGCUGUCAAGCGAUUAAAAUAUUUAAUGCCAUAGUUCACUCGCGAUUAAUCGCGAUUAAUGGCAAAUAUUUUGUCUAUGCUAAAUAUCCCUUGAUGUCUUUGUCCCAUUAAUUGUCCUCAUUUUAAUGCUCUAAUCAACGUGGAGAAGUGCAUCGGCUUGCCUUGUGCAUAUGUUUUUUCAUUGAUAACAACAUUGGCAUAUACUGAUCAAAACAGGACGAUACAAAAAACAAGCCUUUAGUGCAAUUAAACGAUGAACUUACAAUCAUACUGCCGUGAACAUAGCAGUCCGGCUACUGCUUCUUUGUUUUGAGCCCAAAAAGAAAAGUACAAAUAAAUAAAUAAUUGCGUUAAUCCCGCGAUUAAAAAGAUUAACGUCGUUAAAAUUGGUUUGCGUUAACGCCGUUAAUAACGCGUUUAACUGACAGCACUCACAUUAACGUAUCUACA